AUGGCGCCCGUCGCGGUCUACGACGAUCGCAUGCCGCACUCCUCGCACGCCGCAUCCUCCUCCUCCAACCCAUAUCAGCCGCUCGACCACGUCCCCGUCCACACCGCCGCCGACUUCCCCAGGCCGAAAUCCGUGCCCAAGCUCGCCUACCGCUCCUCCACCUACUGGAACUCGGACUGCCCCAUCGUCAUCGACAAUGGCUCCAGCGAGCUGCGUGCCGGCUUCGGCCUCGCCGAUGCUGCCGAUCCAGCCUCGGUCGCUCACCAGCCCUUUGUGGCCUACGACAACCUCGUCUCCAAGGUGCGCGACCGCAAGAAGAACCUCACCAUGCUCCUCGUCGGAAGCGACGUCUAUGCCGAUGGCCUGUCGCGCAGCUCCAUCCGCAGCCCCUUUGACGCCGACGUCGUCACCGGCUGGGACGCCAUGGAAAUCGUCCUCGACUACACCUUCUCCAACCUCGGCAUCGACACCGACCGCGUGCAGCACCCCAUCUGCAUGACAGAGACCCUCUGCAAUCCAGCCUACAGCAGAGGCCUCAUGAACGAGCUCAUGUUCGAAGCCUACCAGGUGCCCUCGGUCAACUACGGCGUCGACUGCCUCUUUUCCGCAUACCAGAACGACGUCGCCGACGAUGCGCUCAUCGUCUCCUCGGGCCGAGCCAGCACCGUCGUCAUCCCCACCGUCGCAGGCAAGGGCAUCCUCACCAACGCCAAGCGUCUCGCGUGGGGCGGCGCACAGGCGUCCGACCUCCUGCUGCGCCUCGUGCAGCUCAAGUACCCCGGCUUCCCCGCACGCGUCACGCCCUGGCAGGCGCAGAACAUGCUCGAGGAACUCUGCUACGUCUCGCAAGACUACGCCGCCGACAUCAAGGGCAUGGCCAUGAUGCCCGCCUCGCACAAGUCCUACGUGCCUUCCUCCUGGACGCCCAUGGAGCGCGCCGACGUCAUCGUCCAAUUCCCCUUCCAGGACGCGCUGCCGGAGCAAAAGUCCGACGAGGAACUGCGCGCGCAGGCGGAGCGUCGCAAGGCCGCCGGCGACCGGCUGCGCGAGCAGACGCGCAAGAUGCGCCUCGAGAAGAUGAUGCAGAAGGAGAACGACCUCAAGUACUACCAGCAGCUGCGCGAACACAAGGGCAAGGAGCGCAAGGCCGAGUACCUCAAGCGGCUCGAAAACGACGGCUUCGACUCGGAGCCCGCGCUGGACAAGAUGAUCGCCAAGAUCGAGGGCGCGCUCAAGCGCUUCCGCGCCAAGGAGCUCGGCGAGGAGUAUGUCGAGGACGACAAGCAGGACGAGCCGACAUUCCCGCUGGUCGACGUCCCCGAUGCCGAUCUCGACGAGGAGGGCGUCAAGGAGAAGCGCAAGCAGCGGCUCAUGAAGGCGGGCUACGAUGCCAGGCUGCGCGCCAAGGCCGAAAAGGCCGAAGAGAAGCGGCUGGAAGAAGAGGCGCUGCGGCGCGACGAGGAUGAGCGACUCAACAAUCCGCGCGGCUGGUCGGCCAAGAUGCGCAAGCAGUACGACGAUGCGAUCAACCGCAUCAAGGAGCGCAAGCGCAUGAAGGAGAUGCUUUCGGACCGCAAGUCGCUCGCGGCGCAGCAGCGCAUGAAGAACAUCACUGCGCUCGCGUCGGAUGCUCCAGGCAGUGGCAGUGCCACACCCACCGGCUCGCGCAAGCGCAAGAAGGGUGGCGACGAAGACACGUUCGGAGCCAACGACGACGACUGGGCGAUCUAUCGCGAGAUCCAGAAUGCCGACGAUUCGGAGGAAGAGGAAGAUGCAUUUACGCAGCUGUCGACGAUCGAGUCGCGGCUGCUGACGCUCGAUCCGACGUUUGGGCCCGACGACACCUACGCCGCACGCCUCGCGCGCAAGAACCGGCUCACGCUCACCUUCUUCAACGGGCCGGGGGGAGGCGAGGAGGCGUCCAUCGCACCCACUGAUACGCUCAAGGACGAAGGCGAGUCCAAGACCGAUACGGAUCCGGAAUCGAUCAAGCGGCAGCAUCAGCUGCAUCUCAACGUCGAGCGCAUUCGUGUUCCCGAGGUGCUCUGGCAGCCAUCGAUCGCUGGACUCGACCAGGCGGGGCUGGACGAGAUCUGUGCACAUGUGGUGCACUCGUUCGAUGCCGAUGUGCGCUCGCGCAUGCUGCGCAACAUCUUCUGCACGGGCCGGCACACCGGCUACCGCGGCUUUGAGCAGCGACUCUACACGAGCAUUCGGGCGAUUCAGCCGUCGAGUGUCGAGGUGAAUGUGCGUGCUGCACGCGAUCGCCGCUUCGACGCCUGGGCAGGUGCGGCCAAAUGGACCACAGCGCAAGCAGAGACCUUCCGCAACACGGCGAUUUCCAAGCAGGACUACGAGGAAAAGGGCAAGGAGUGGUUCAAGGAGCAUGCCUUUUCAGCCAACUGGAGGUGA